CGCGAGCGAGGCCGAGGCCACGACACGCUAGCAGUUGCAAGCAGCUAUCCCCCACCGCCUCCUCACUCUUUCCCCCACCUCUCGCUCCCUUUCCCACCCAGCUAGCGGCCAGCUCGCAAGCCAAGAAUCAUCUAACCAGCCAUGUCGUACUAUGACCGGCGGGGGGAUUCGUCGAUCGUGGAGGCGUUCACGCUGUCGCCGCUGCCGUACCCGGUGAUCCUGAUCCUGGGCAUGGUGGCGCUGCUGCUGGGGGUGUCGUGGUUCUUCAGCUACGAGGACUUCAUGGAGGAUGCCGCGGAGCAGUUCAGCUGGAUCCUCCUCGUCAUCCCCAUCGCGCUCGUCCUCAUCAUCAAGUGGAUCUCCUCCGUCGACAGCUUCGAGGGAUACUUCGGGUUCUACCCCACCGAGCGGCGCUGGGGAGGGGGCGGCUACCAGGGCGCACCCUCCGAGGGCAGCUCCCCGUGGGGCGUCGCCGUGGUCGUCGUGCUCCUCCUCGUCCUCGCCAGCUACCACUCCACCUUCACCGACAUGUGGAAUCCCCUGAUACGCUCCUAGUACCUACUGAGUACGUGUAUGUAACCAUCGAUCGAUACGAUACGCCUGUGAUACCUUGCUUUCUGGCCGUUGCUGCACCUGCGCGUAUGUAUACCUUGAUCUUCCUGUUCCUGUUGUACAUAGAUGAAGAUUCUGCUAGCUAGUAUAGAGCUUGAGUGUUACUGUCUGUACUCGUUUUUUGUUCUGGUUUCUGUAUACUGAAUUAAUCGGUUUCCGGUUUGGUUCUUA